CCGCCAGCUGGUCACAUCGUUCUCGAAGCGGAGCGCUUACGACUGGGAUUUGUUUCCCCCAAAUAAUUCAAACCAUCAGUAGAGCCAACAGUUAAACGGUGUGAUUAGGAAGUGAAGUUCGAAUUUUUGGGGAUUUUUUUGGUGCACAUGUUAAUGACGAUUGGCGAUUGACGUGGACUACACACGUGGAUGAACUUUUCUCAAUGUGACAUAGUGGAAUUCGAAAUUGUCGAUCGGAGGAAAAGUAGUGACUGAUUGUGGCCGCCACUAGUGACUAGCGCGAAAAGCGGCGCGGCUAUAAAAAUAAAUCAAAAAUUUGAGUGUCGUUUUUUGGGGAGGAAAAUUACGAGACGAGAAGAUCGAGAAGUGCAAGUGCAUCGUUCGCGUGCAGAGUAGUGAAACGAAGAAUCGGAAAAAGCAAAUAAAUAAAAUAGCAGUGCAGAGGCAAAUAUAAGCAGAUAAAAUUAAAACAUUUUCUGACAAGUUCGACGAAGUAAACGCGGCUGAGACGAAAGGAAGACGCCCAAGAAUUCGGCCUUUGGGUGAUACGUACUUUGCAGUGCGGGACUUUUUUGGAGGCCUAUGCGGUUUUAUGACUUGUAGCAGCAGCAGCAGCAACGGCACGAGAAGUUCGAUCGUUAUCAACAGACGCAGACCCCCGUAGGAAGAAAACGUGUCCGUAUCUCAGGUGGGAAGAAAAUAAAUACAUACCUUCGUGGUCCGUGAAUGUUUGUUCAAGAGUAGUUAGUGCCCGCUUUGGGAAGAAGUAGAAAAUUAAGGUGGCGCGCAUUCAGAACAAGUGGUUAUCGAGAAGAGAUUGCUUCGUGCGCCGCCUCAGUUUGCUGUUUGCGGACGUUGUGUGAAGAAAACCUACGAGAUUUGCAUUUCGCGUAUUAUCUGAAGCCUAAUUCAGAACAGUGUGUGAGUUUAGACGACAGCAAGUGUGCUGAAAGUUCUGCCAACCUUCGCUCCAUAGAUAAUAACGCGGUGUGCCCUGAACCGGUGCUGACGAAAAUUUAACUGUUCCUUAAUCUGGGAAUUCUGUUUCCAAACGGUUCUAACCCACUACAGAACGCACAAUUUAAAAGUAUAAUACAGCCCGCCCGAACACACUCGUAGAAAUUACACUUUGGGUGAUCACGCAGGUCUCGCAGCAUGCGCAACAGUGCGGCUGCGAGCUAAAUAUUUACCGACUUCAGCAACACUUGCGGAAACAUCGAUCAAUUAAAACUAAUAACCGUACAACCAUCGAGUUACAUCCCCGACGCAUUGCAACGCAUACUAUGAACUAUGGGUAAACCGAUGCGAAACAGACAACCUCCCGACUCCGGUGGCAUUUACCUGCACCCGGUCGAGUCAACGACGCCGGCGAAUUCAACGACGGCUCCAACUCCAGAAGCGGCGAUGGCCGAAUCUUGCUUCAACUUCAAGCGAACCCAACACCCGGCAAACCCGCUGCCACACCACAAGCACUCCCACCGGUACCCCCAUCAUUACCAUCACCCCCCAGCAUCUUCACCUGCAUCAUCAAUGGGGGGAUGCAGCACCCGAGUCGGGCGACUCCUAAGUAGCAGUUAUUUAUCGAAAUUCCUGAUUUUAUUGUUCCUAUCGAUCUGUGAUAAUCGAGCGUGUAGGACGCUCCCAACCCUAGCAGAGGCCGCUUCCGUAGUCAGCAGCAGUAGCAGCAGUAGUAGCACAAGCAGUACCACCGUUCCCAUUCUAGCCACCACCGGCAGUAGCAGUAGUAGCAGCACACACAGCACCGGCAGCUCCAGCCGCAGUAGUCAGACAGAAGUUUCAAGUGAUAGUGAAAGUAGUGAGGUGGCGUCAGCAGCAGCGGCGGCGGCGGCAGCUACCGUGGCGUCUUCGUUCAAUCGCACCAAACUGCAGGAACUCGUCAUGGAGGGACUUGGUCUGAGUGAGAUUCCGGACGUUCGAGCGAUGAACGUCAGUCAGCAAGAAUAUGAAACCAAAUAUCGAGAGUACCUGGAACGAGUCAAUCGACGAAGCAGCCUCCGGAGGUUGCUGAACCACGAAAACAUUGAGACUGAUGAGUACGACUACGAGGAUAGCGAGGCUGGACUUUCGGAGCAGCGCUUUCUCUACAGUUUCCCGAAUUCAGACCCCAAGCUGAAUCACCAGAAUCUGCGGCGCAAACGAUCUCUGAACAACAACUACGAUCUGGUGUAUAUCCGGUUCGAUAUACCCACCAGAAACGCUUCCACCGGUGAAAUGAACGGCCUAAAUUCGCCUUCCAUAUUCAACAGUCCGUCCAGCCAGCAUCAUCACCAUCACCAGCGGCACCACCAGCAGUCCCAGUCGGAGCUUCCGCCAAUCUCACCGGAGAACAUUGAAGAAUCAUCACUAAACAUAAUGUUAACCAGAAGACCAAACAGCGAGCACAGCACAAAUACGAACAGUAAACAUCAACAAGCGUCACCGGCCGUGGGGGCCAUCGUCGAGGAUCAUCCUCCACCCCAGCAUCGGCGGCGCGCGGGAAGGAUCAAAUUCAAACACAACAACGCGCUUGGGGCCGGUGCUGGUGUGGGAGGCGGCUCGGCAGACGGUGGCAACACCGGGCACCACCGAUCGGGAAAAAGCGUCAAUUUACACAUCUACCAACUGGUUGAACCCUACGAACGACACUGGCUCACAUCGAGGACGAUAGGGGUGGCGGAACUUGCGCUCAAUGACAAAAAAUGGUUUCAAUUACCAUUGGAUGAGGCCGUGCGCACGUGGCUCGAUGGAUCACGGAAGAAUCUCGGACUGGAAAUUUACUGCGAGAACUGCUACAACAAUGGUAUUUUCGUUAUUCACGAUUCAUCGCCGUUUUUCAACAGCUACGAAGAAACUCCCGUUCUCAACGUAGUUGGAAAGCUCAUACAACGGGAAAAGCGUUCCAAGGUACACCAGCGUUACAAACCAACCAUGCGGGACUAUCUCUCACCGCCCAAACUAACAUCGUGCAGUCCGAACAACAAACGCUGCUGUCGCCAUCCACUUCUGGUGGAUCUCCGAGACAUCGAAGGAUUCGAAUACAUCAUCCAGCCCAAGCUUUUUGACGCGGGCUUCUGUCGCGGUCGUUGCCCAUCGAAGUUCAACCCUGCCAGUCACCACGCCCUGAUCCAAAGCUUGCUGCACGAACAUUACAAGUACGACGUCCCGAAACCAUGCUGUGCGCCGUCCCGAAUGGAUCAUAUCGACGUUCUGCAUGCCGACCCGAAGAACCCUCAGCGACUGAAGGUGACCACCUGGAGCAACAUGCGAGUCAUCGAGUGCGCCUGCUCGUGAUUCUUCCGCGGCUCCAACGAGGACGACCAGGUUUUGCAUUUAUUCUGGGUUAUGAACCAAAACAGAACGAACCACCAGAAAACCGAUAGUAUUAUUUAUCAUCAGCGACACAUAGAAUUUACUAGAAACGCAAUUCAGCCAUCGAAAGCCAAACUCAUAGAAAACAAACAGAAGCAAAUCGAAGCUAUGCCGCGAUCUUUCCGAUAUGUUUUAGGAUCCAGUCACAGAAGGGUGCAAACGCUGAGAGCUCCCUGAAUGUAGUCUAGCUGUUAAUUCUUGCAUCUGAAGUAUUUAUAAAUUUAUUUAUUUACUAGAAAUCGUUAAGUUCACGAAACUCGAAAACUCAGCCACCAUGCCAAAGGAUACAAAUAAUACAGAUUAAUUGGCUGACUUAGGAUAAAACGUAUUUCCGACAAAAGUGUGCAUCAAAGCAUUUUAAUCAUUAGUAAUAGGGGAAGAAACCCUCUAAUGCUGUUUUGUAAAUAGUGCGAACCGACCCCAUUACCAACGUGUACAAUUUUAAUUUAUUGACCCUUCCGUAUUUUAUAGAUCGUUCUCGUAUUUCCUAAGUGAUGUUUGUAGAGCAUUCAUAUUUAUGUCCAGUAACUGUAAUAAAGCUAUAUUUUGUACCUUUUUGACGAUGCAAAACAAAACGAAAUGGUAACUAUACUUAUUAUGUCAUCAUGCCAUCCCAAGUAUUUAACAAAUAUGAGAAAAAGUUUAAAUAAACACUGUUUGUAGGUCUAGACCAAAUCUAGAAAAGAAAAU